GAGCGUCAUGUCAAAUUUUCCAAUUUUUGAGCGGGUUUUAUUUUUCGAUCGUCUUGCAAAAACGAAGCUGCGCAUAGUUUGUGGGAAUCGAGAAUCUGUUUUGUUGUGACCUCGCAGUGGCUAAAUGCAGAAAAUAUCGUUUGAUUUCGGUGAUUCAGUGCCUGAUUGUGGUUUUCUUGUGAGAUAAUUAGUGGGGGAAAAUAGGAGACUAUCAUUUUUCUACGCUCAGGAAUUUGCUGAUCAGUUGCAUCGAAAAGAAAGAAAGAAAACCGCGCUCACCCUCUUCCACCUCGCCGCCUACUUGGUCAACAAACCAUAAUCGGGUGUAAAUUAGUAACAGAAGAAGCGCCGACCGCCAUCAAGCUGGAAGCAAAAGAUCAAAAAUCCUGCAGCGGUUCCGUUGCGAGUGGAGCGGGGAACUGUCCUACUGUUGCUGGUGGAGGUGGGACCAAUUCCAAGAACCGGAAGAUGGUUUCGAAGAAGAGGGAGAAAGACGCGGAAGUGACCAAGCAGCCGAAAAUGGACUCGAUGCAGACGGACCAUGAGCUUUUUAUGCAAGCCUUUGAGAAACCAACACAAAUUUAUCGUUAUUUACGAACAAGAAACAUGAUAUCGCCUAUAUUUUUGAAUCGCAACUUAUCAUACAUGCGCCACAGAAUGUCUCGAUCCCACAAAACACGUAAUGUCUUCAAAAUCGAUUCAAUGCUAGCACAGAAGAUGAACAAAAUGCGUAACGACAAAGCGAACGGACUGUCGUUGACUGGGGAAUACCUGACACUAUUGUUUCUGGGCUUUUUCGACCAGCUCCAAGAUGACAGUAUGUCAGACGAUCAAAAAAUGGGAGACAUGAGCGAGAAUAGUGGCAAGACUGUGCAGGUGGAAACAGUGCUUUUGAAGAUUUCUCACAACAAGCGCAAAGAUAUAUCGUCAGCGUUGAUGCAAGUGGCUGUUGGCAAAUCGGAAGUGAUGGUCAAUCCAGUAGAAAAGGUUGCGGAAGAUAAGGUCCCAACGAUAAGCAUUGCCACAGAAUCGUUUAGCUCGGUUGGAAUAAAUCAGGUGGCCGGGCCACAAUUGUCCUUCCUGUUGCUGUUUAGGGUACAUAUGCACUGUAGUACAGAAAGCAACUAUUGUGCUAUUUCAAAUGGAACCGAUGGCUUUGAGAAUGGAGGAAGUGACGAUGAACCAUCAAGCAAAAGGCAAAAAUUAAGCGGAACGAACAAAUUGUUCGGUACUGAGUUGAUAAUUUAUGAUAAAUACGGUCGAUGCUUACUGAAAGAGGGGGACUACGAGCUUACAGUUCAGGAAAUUCUACCACAUCAGCAACAAAUGCAGAAGUACAAUUCACCGAAAAAGAAUGCCACAUGGGAGACCAUUCAGCCAUUGAACGGCGAUCGUCACGAUAUGGACAUAAUAGAUAUCUACAAACAAAAUGGGAUCGAUGACCAGAACCCGAUCCUAAUGUUCAGGAAAUCACCCAGCCUCAAGUUUCGCCUACAGUGGACAAAAGAAGCAUUACCUGUUCUAGUAGACAGACCACAACCCUUGUCAAUCGUUUUGAACAGUAGCAACGAUAAAGAAAACCAUAAACCUGAUGUUAUGUCGUCCACUUUCAAAAGAAAUCUCAGCAUCAACAUCAAUAACAAUAGCAUCCUAACACCUGCAGCUGCCACCGGGAAUUCCAAUGUCCCUACUCCGUUGGAUGCCAACACUGGGGCACUCGUUCCGAUGGGAGCGUCUUAUCCAACCCCUGGUUCAACCGAACUUAAACUAUACGCCGAUGAACCGAAAAUCGAUCACAUCAUCUACCAAUUUGUGUACAACAACAACUCCCGCCAGCAGACGGAAACAAAGUCAGAUUUCCAUUGUCCUUGGUGCAGUCUUAACUGUGGCACACUGUACCCGUUGCUAAAACAUCUAAAACUGUGUCACGCAAGGUUCAUCUUUACGUACAUUCCGAUACCACCGAACGGAGCACGCAUAGACGUGUCGAUCAACGAACUGUACGAUGGGUCUUAUAACGGAUCGCCGCACGACUUGCUCGGUACCGCGAAUGCCUUCUCCCGGCGGGGCCCAAUGCGCAGGACGGUCGUUACCAAUCUGCUUGUGUGCAGACCACGGAGGCAGAAGCACAGCCUGACCGAGUUCAUCGAGUGCGACGAAAAUGAGUUCGACAGUCAACGGCCGUUCAUCACCGGACAUAGCAGAAUGUACCACCACACAAUGACGUGCCUGCCGGUUCAUCCCAAAGAGUUGGACAUCGAUUCAGAGGGGGAAAGCGAUCCGCUGUGGUUGCAGCACAAAACCAUGCAAAUGAUAGAUGAGUUCACCGACGUGAACGAGGGCGAGAAAGAGCUGAUGAAAAUGUGGAACCUACACGUGAUGAAGUAUGGCUACGUCGGUGACUGCCAGAUCCCGGUCGCACUGGACAUGUUCAUCGAUUGCCGAGGCAGGGACUUGCUGCGGAAGAAUCUGUAUCGCAACUUCAUACUCCACGUGUGCUCCAUGUUCGAUUUCGGACUGGUGUCGCCCGAAGUGAUGCAAAAUGCCAUAAGGAAACUACAGAAUUUGUUGUUUGAAAAUCCGGAUCUCCAGAAGCAGGUAGCCACCUCUCGAAAAGAUCAGAUGGAAUACUGGAACACUGUAACCGUACACAAGCAGGCCCAACCAAAGAUAGAGAAGGCAACGGAUAGAGCUGGCGCAGGCGCAAGCGGAACUCCGUCCACUCCUUCCCAUAAAGCUGGCUCGGCAGGAUCCGGAAGCGAUAAGAGGGUCAAACCAACAAUGACACCUGCCAAAAAUAACUUCUCGAUUGUCGCGAACGCUGCCUCCAGCAGUUCCAUUUCGACGAUUGACAAAAACGCCAUUUCACAAUCCCGUCGUCGAAGUGCAAGUGCUGCCCUUCAUUCCAAUUCAUCAUUAGCCAACAACACUGCCAACAAAGACACACAUCAUUCAUCUGCUCACCCCAAUCCAUCUCAAACGUCUUCUUAUGCUUCACCACACUCCAAUAAACGAUCGUCUACCAGUGCUAACAACAGCAGCAUUGGUAAUGCCACCAGGAGCAGCAACAGCAGUGGUAAUAGCGGCAGCAGCAGUGCCAACAAAACAUCCACUAUUACAACCAGAAGAAAGUCUCUUUCCGUAGCUACCCAAAGGAAACGAUCGAUCAACUGACCUUUAUUCUAAAUAUCAUGGGCAUUUGGUUAUGAUGUGACUGUAACAAAUACUGCCUAUUCAGCCACAUAGUUGGCUUUCUUAUGCCUGAAAUAUCAAAGAGAAGUCUUGAAAGAGAGAAAAAGAAUGUGUACUUUGUAUAAAUUGCGAUGUGUGCGUGCGUAAUCUGUUUGCGUUAGUAGAAAUAAGCAUAAUUCGAUGAAAAUGGGUUUUUGUAUUCGUUCUUGAAUAUGUAUAGGACAAAAAGUUUGGCGAUGAAGAUCGAUUCAAUGAAACAAUUUUAGAAGCUAAAUCAAAUCGAACAAACAACAAGUUAUAGAACCGAGCAAGCAGAGCUAUUUCAGGAUUAGUUAAAAGAGAAAAAAAAACUCGAAAUGAACGUGAUUUGUUUAAUAACUCAAGGAACUGUACAAGUAAGAAAGUUUAUGUCAGUCAAACACUGUAAAUGUAUAAUAAUUGAAUUUAUUUCACUACAUCUUAUAUGUCAAUACAGAUGCUAAGAGUAAACUACAAACAUAUUUGUCCUUUUCGUGAAGUUUUCUAAUCCAUCAACAAACCAGAACGUAAAUGUAUUUUUUGAAAAUGGAAUAUUUAAGCUAUAAGAAAGCAUAUAAGCUUAUGAACAUAAUAGAACAAUGUUAAGCCUAAAUAACCAAAAUCAGCAAAUCUAUUACCAGACAGAAGUGAAAACUAUUCCCUCAUUUUAAAAUUUAAGCACCGUUACACACAAAAGAUCGAUGGUCUUAUCUCAAUUAUUUUUAACUUCUGCUUGUCAGCACGUUUUCAAACUGUUCCUUUGCCAACACAAUCACGAAAGUUGUUUGUUUGUACUACGUUCUUCUUCUACUAUAUAUGCCAUUUUUGAUGUGAGCAAACGCUUAUUCAUUGCGUUAGAACGUUAAAACUUGUUGCGAGCAACUCGAAAAUGUCUUCAUUCUGUUUCAUUGCGUAGUUUGAGUAUUGCAAUAAAAUUCGGCAAUUAAUAUUUUAAAA